CGGUUAGUCGCUUCGCGAAUUCCGCGAGACGGGUUUCAAUCAGGAUUUCUAUUUUCGUAAUACCUCCAUUCCCUUGAUCUCUCGUGAAAACUAACUAUGUACCUGUGAAAAAUUGAAGACAUGAUUUACAAAACGACAUGUAAUUUACAAGAAAAAGAUCUAUGAACGUGAAAAACAAUGAAACAACUCCAUCAACAAAAAUGGAGUACUGGAUGGCGAGCAACGAGACCGGUCACAAUGGCACGGAGGAGACAAUCCAGGAGGUCCUCAGAAAUCCAGGAUCGGCGAUGCUGUUCGUUGGAUAUCCCCGAUGGCUUUUGCACUUUGCCGCCGGAUGCUGCAUACUCUUCAUGCUGAUCGGUAUACCGGGAAAUUUAUUCACCAUCAUCGCCCUCUUUCGCAGCAGAAAGUUGAGAAAUGCCACGGCGAUCUUCAUAAUGAAUCUCUCACUUUCGGAUUUAAUGUUCUGCUGUUUCAAUCUUCCGCUUGCUACGUCAACUUUUUGGCAUAGUUCUUGGAAACACGGACCACACUUAUGUCGGCUGUUUCCUCUGUUACGAUAUGGCUUGGUAGCAGUAAGCCUUUUCACCAUACUAGCGAUUACAUUUAAUCGUUAUGUUAUGAUUGGACAUCCUCGACUUUAUCCUAGGCUGUACAAAUCAAAAUACAUAGCACCAAUGGUUUUGAGUACAUGGAUAUUUGGCUUCGGUGUCCUCAUCAUUACAUGGUUUGAGAACUGGGGUCGUUUUGGAUUGGACGUCGCCAUUGGUUCCUGUUCAAUCCUGCCAGAUGUAAAUGGUCGUAGCCCAAAGGAAUUCCUCUUCGUCUUUGCCUUUUUGACACCUUGCAUCGCAAUCGUUGUUUGCUACGCGAGGAUUUUUUACAUUGUCCGGAAAACUGCUUCUAAAAGUAGAAAUCGAAAUAUAACAGCUAGUAAGGGCGCUAUUAAUAACGAAAUUAAUAACGAGAGACGACGAUCCACAUCAUUUAGGAUCCAAGAAGAAGAGCUGUCAGCGAUGGGUUCGAACUGUGCAUCGAGUGUCCUUUGCGGGAAUUUCUCCUCCAAAUGCAUCAUAUCAUCUCCAAAUCGACUUAAUUGCUCGAGUACACCUUCAAGGUCGGCGAUGGAAGAGUCCUUGUCAGAGCAACUGUCAUGGGAGCAGAAUUCAGCCAAGUCUGAAGAAGAAAACGACGAAGAACAGGACGACGAAGAAAAGAUCCACCGAAAGAGAAAUCAAGAACAAAAAUGUAAGAAGAAUCACAGAGACGAAACCGAUGCGGGGGAUCUGCCAAUUAAGAAAAUCGCCGAGACUUGUGACAAAGCGAUACCUAAUCUAGAGAUAAAAAUAGACGACAUACCGUACGUGGAUGAUAUGGACGCAGCCGAGACUGCUCUCACAAAUAAUCAAAUUAAGAUCAAAGAACCUAGCGAGAAAGCUUCCGCGAAUGCUCGAAAUAAAUUGGAGAGAAUGGCAAGCAGAGCAUCGUUCAUCAUCGAGUCGGCAUUGUGGGUGCAAAGGCUGAACUCGAAAGUGUCAACGGGCAGCGAUCGAUUCGACAGCUCGAGAUCGAACACACCGGAUCGAUCGAUCAAUAACAAGAAAAAACCGACGAUGCUUCGCAGAGAAUCAAGAUUUAUAAAUAUCAGGAAAUUAGCGAAUAUGGAUGGCCCGCCAAGAAUGAGCAACAAGGACAAGAAGCUGUUGAAAAUGAUCUUGGUGAUAUUCUCGUCGUUUCUUGUUUGCUACCUGCCGAUCACCAUUACGAAGACUUUCAAGAACGUUAUCGAUUGGAGAGGUCUGAAUGUCGCGAGCUACAUACUGAUUUAUUUGACUACGUGUAUAAAUCCGGUGGUUUACGUGGUGAUGAGCUCUGAAUAUCGCAGUGCGUACAAGAACGUGUUGCUUUGUAGAAAUGAUUCUGGGGUGAAGAAUGGAAUGAAUAGAAAGUCACCAGGAUGAAGGAAGGAACACUUACUCGUAGAAAAAUGGUCCCACUUCCUGGAUAAUUGGUUUCUUUCCUGCGCUGAUUUCCGCUGGAUUCGUCACGUUGAACAGAUAAACUUUGAAGUCCAAUGGAAAAGGGAAAUGUGACCAGAAUUUUCGUAUCGUGGAAUUAGGUUUCAGAGUUACUCGCUGUGGAUGAUUUUCUAACUAAUAUUUGCACGUAACAUUCAAAAGUAUCUUGAGACAAAUAUUGCCUCUUUUUGUAAUCUACAACAUGUUUUAAACAUGUGAAGAGCAUCCAAACUUAAAAAUUCAAUGUGAAGGUAUCAAAUUAAUUAUUACAUAU